CUUGUACUGACUGUGUGUAUCGACAUAGUAACCCUCACUGCCUCUGCCAAAACAAGAACAAUAGACCUGCUUAUGCCAUUGGAACUACUGGGACCACUGGCUAACAACCCAAAGCAAAGCAAUUGACCGCCCUACCCAACCCCCAUCCUGAGACGCCUCACCCCGACACCCACCUACCAACACCGAAGGUCAAUUGGGAAUAUACAGGGUGUCCCCAUUCUCCUAGGACUAGCCAUUCCCAUUUGGGCCACUGGUUCUACAGACCAGCCAAUCAUGGCGCAGGAAAUCCCUCAGGUUCCUGAUGACACCCUAUUCCUAUCUUUCCGGGAGCAGUGUGAGUCAACAGAUGGCUGGGUCUGCUCCUACAACAAAUCCGACAUCGGGGUGUGGAUGAAACCGGCUGGAAAAACAUCCCUUGUGCACACUGUCAAGGGUCGCAUGGCUUUCCCAGAUGUUUCGGCCGACACCGUGUACGAUGUUCUGCAUGACACCGAGUACCGCAAGAAGUGGGACAUAAACAUGAUCGAGACAAAGGAUAUUGCUCUGCUGUCCGCUAAUGCCGAUGUGGGGUAUUACUCCUGGAAGUGCCCCAAACCCCUUAAAAACAGAGAUGUGGUGACGUUACGCUCGUGGCUUGUACUGCCUGAAAGCUUCUUGAUCAUCAACUUCUCUGUGAAACACAAGCUGUUUCCUCCUCGUAAGGACCUGAUCCGAGCAGUCUCGCUUGUUGCAGGAUAUUACAUUCAUAGGACUGGAUCCAACACCUGCACACUCACAUAUCUGGCACAAGUGGACCCUAGAGGUUCUUUGCCAAAGUGGGUAGUGAAUAAAUCUUCAAAGUAUCUGGCACCGAAGAUCCUGCGUAAACUGCACAAAGCCUGUUUGCAGUAUCCAUCCUGGAAAAAUAAAAACCAGCCCGGAUUUAAGCCAUGGCUUAACCCUGAACAGAACACCUUACCUCGUAUGUCCCUAAAUGAGCUUACCCUGCAGCGAGCAGACUCCCUGGAACUUGUGGACGAAAGCAACCUUUGUGAGGGAGCAGAGGAGAAAGCAAAGGAGAAAGCAGACAACAGCGAUGAUGAUUAGAACCCUAGAAAAGGAAGGAGCAGGUGUGCUGAACUUGAGUCACUAGAUGCUACUGCUUAAAGAGUAAUCUUACAGUCGUCUUCCAUCAGACUCUCUGAAAUAGUUAUGCUGAUAUACUGUGAUUGGGGCUCAGUAGAAAUGUAGGGAAAAGGUAUUGGGUUUAUUCCCAAUUAUUGUAAGGGUAGUGUAUGGUGGAUAAGAACAUUGAGGGGGGGUUUUAUUGAAUCACAAGUUCCAUAUUAAAAUUAAUUCCAUAAAUUGGUGUGGGUAACUGAGUCACAUGACUGCUAGCACCAUAUGUGUUGGAUAUGUCCCACCACAAUUCUUGUCCCUAGUACUCGCCUCACUCGUGGGCAGCAAAUGGGAAAGGCAGUCUGUUUUUAGGUCUCAAAAAUAUACUUUAUACUAACACCAACCAAUCAGAGAAAGAAGAAGUUAUUCCUGUUAGAUUUAUGUUAGAUUUUUAGACAAAGGUGCUUUGGUUUGCUGGCGCAAGCUAAGAAGUGACAUUCAGGCACCUUUUUAUUCACAUUGUGCCUUAAUACAAUUGUUGUUAAAAUGAUGGUUAUUUUAUAUUUAAUGUAAAACUUCAUAGGCUUUAAUAAAUAUUAAUACUCGUA